AUGCUUUAUUGGAUAUGUCGAACAUAUGUUCAAAAUGUCUUUGAGACUUAAAUUUAUUGGUUUGCUUCUCUGGAGGAUAGUAAUUAUUCAUCUAACUCAAGAAAUUCAACAGCUCUAGCCAAAAUGGCUAGUGACGUUGUGCACUCAACUUGUGCCCACAACAAAAGCAAGAUGUUUAUUGAAGUUCAUGUUUUGUACAUAAAUGAAAGUUUUAUUAUGAAAGAAUUUAUAUAAGAAUAUCAACCCCAAGAUUACACCAACUUUGUAACUAAUGAGUGCAAAUUACCUUUCCAAAUUGUUGAUAUUCAAUCUAUAUACCCAGAUCCUUAAAUUUUACUUAAAUAACUUCAUAAUUUAUCAGAAAGCGGAUCAGCAAGGGAAGAUUUUGUUCGUUUGAUCAAACAACAUAUCAUCUAUGACUAUGCAAUUAAAAAUGGAUACUAAAAUAUAUGCUUUGGCUAAAAUGGACAAAGAUUAGCAGCUGAUCUAUUUUCCUAAUUAUCCAAGGGAAGAGGACUUAGUCUAUAAUCAGCAACCAAAUACAAUUUUUAAUUUACCUAUCCUCUCAAUUAAAACAAAUUACAAAUAUUGCAUCCUCUUAAAGAAUUGCUCAAUAAGGAUAUUUUAUACUACCUUAGAUUAAAAUCCAAUAUAAACUUCCCAAAUUUUAUCUUAGGACAACAUUUAAGUAACAUUGUCAAAAAUAAACCAGCUCAAGGUAAUAUUGAUCAUUUGCUUGAACAAUUUAUUGAUAAACUGUAAGAAGGGUUCCCUUCCACUACCUUCACAGUUUUGAGUUCUGCAGAAAAAGUUACCAUAAAACCUCUUUAGUAACAAAGCCAUUGUCCAUUAUGUUUGGAAAUAAGAGACCAAGUUUAUAAUCGUCUUGAAGUAGAAACUUUAGAUAAUUCAAAUUAAUAAUUGAUCAAUUAUUUAAGAGCCAAUACAAAAUAUUACAACAAAAUAUGUUUUACUUGUAACAGGAUGCUGUAAUCAGCAUAAGAAUUAGAGAAUUUUUACAAUUUAAAAGGAUUUCCACCUUUAAUUAUCUAAAUUGCUGAUACGAUAUAAUGAGUAUUAGAUAUUAUGUAUAUAAUGUUAAUUAAUUUUUG